GAGAGUCUGAACACAAUGAUUGAUUAAUCACACUUAUAAGCCUCAUCACUUUUUAGUCUUUUAGCGCAAAAGAAGAAAUCAAGGAGAGAGAGAGAGAGAGAGAGAGAGAGAUCCAUGGAGGGUCUUCAAAGAUCAACCAUCUCCUUCCGCCGUCAGGGAUCUUCCGGCAUAGUCUUCGACGACCGUGUCAUCGCCGAGCUUAACAAACAAGCCACCGAGCAGAAAGACGAAAGUCAACGCGACGAACAGCCUAAGCCUAUGUCUGAAGGCCCGGAGCAAGAGAAACCAAUCGCCGGCGACGAGAAAGACAAGCUCAGGCCUAUCAAAACCGGUGCACCGACAGCCGGAGGACUCGAGAGGAGUCGAUCUAACGGCGGAGGAGCUCCACGUCACCACCGAACAACCGGAAGAGUGUCUCCCGCGGUGGAUCCGCCGUCUCCGAGACUGUCCACGUGCGGUUGCUGCACUGCGUUUGGGAAAAAACCGCCGGGGAAGAAGAAUAAUCCGAGGAAGAAGCCACCGAAACGCAGAUCAAGGUAGACAUAAAACUAAAGAGAUCAUACAUACUGUCUUUGAACCUCUCUUUGUGUGCUCUGAUACGAUCUUUAAUUUUCAUUUUUGAAUUUCUCUGGUUAAAGCUUAGAUCUUAAUACUUUGAAUUUUAUUUUUGAUUGUAAAUUAGCUGUCUUUUUUUUUUCCUGUUUUCAGACAAAUUUUUCAUUUCUGUAUAUUUUUUAUUUCUUGAUCA